AUGGGAACAAGUGUAUUUAUACAUUGCAAUAACAUUGAAUCGAUUACUCUUCCCAGAAGUCUUACUAGUUCAGAUGGUCGCACAUUUAAUGGUUGCUCAAUCAAAAAAGUUAUAGUUCAAUUACCUGAAAUUUUUCCCUAUUAUAUAUCUCUUUUUGCGGAAUCUUCAAUAGAUCUAUUAAUAUUCCAAACUCCAAUAUCAGAUGUUGUUUUUGGUGAUAGAGAGAGCAUGAAAAAUGCUGCGAAAACAAUAAUUUUUGAUCUCCCUAAACCUGAUUCAAGUACUUCAGAACUGAAAGCAUUCGAAGAACUUAUUGAUUUAACAUUCAUUCAUAUCAAAAAUAUUAACAAUCACCCCAUUCCAUAUAAUUUUGUUAUUGCAGAUAAUGUUCCUAUUUAUGUUGAACGAAAUGGAAUUAAUAUUAACGAAACAGCAUUUUCAAAAUCCAAUAUUUUUAACUUCACAUAUCUUGGAAAAGAUCCAAUUCCAGGAGAUUUCUUAGUUAAUGCACGUUCUUGUGAACAUGUGUAUGUCACAAGAUUUUACACCUCGGACAAACUUGGAGGUCUUUAUGUCACUGUACUUGAUGACCUAGAACCAACUCCAGAGCCAGAAGAAACUUCAAGUUCAUCUUCUACUUCAUCAGAAGAAACAACAAGUUCUAGUUCUUCAUCUUCAUCAGAAGAAACUUCAAGUUCAUCUUCUACUUCAUCAGAAGAAACAUCAAGUUCUAGUUCUUCAUCUUCAUCAGAAGAAACAUCAAGUUCUUCUUCAUCUUCAUCAGAAGAAACAUCAAGUUCUAGUUCUUCAUCUUCAUCAGAAGAAACAACAAGUUCUUCUUCAUCUUCAUCAGAAGAAACAACAAGUUCUUCUUCAUCUUCAUCAGAAGAAACAACAAGUUCUUCUUCAUCUUCAUCAGAAGAAGAAACAACAAGUUCUUCUUCAUCUUCAUCAUCUCCAUCAGAAGAAACAACAAGUUCUAGUUCUACGUCUUCAUCAACAGAAAAAGAAGAAACACCAAUAAUUGACCCUAAGACUCCAAUUCCUCCUCCAGUUAAUUCAUCAGCAGCAAGCCAAAACAAUACCGUCGAAGAAUCAUCUACAAACAGCAGCAGUGGAAACAGUGAUCCAAACAACAGCAACAAUGGUGGCAGCAGUAACAGUGCAGGCAACACUGCCGGAAUUGUUUGUGGUGUUGUUUUAAUUGUUGCCAUGAUUGUUGUUGUCAUCUUUGUUGUUUACAAGAUGAAGUGUGCCAAAGAUGGUAAACCAGAUGUUGAAGUUGGUGAUCAAAACACUAUUCUUAAUCAAAAAGUUGAUUUAAUGGUUAAACAAAAGUUAGAUCAACUUGUUAAACAGAAAGUCGACAAAAUUGUUUCUGAGAAAGUUGAUGAGAUUGUUACAUCACGUCUUGAAGAUGUCGAGAGUGACAAUUACGAUUAUGAAAGCCAUGACCUUAAUUAUAGUGAUGAAGAAGGUCACACAAACGAAGAUUUUAUUUUACCCGAUAAGAACAAUGAUUCAGAUAAUAUUAUUCAAUUAUAA